GCGAGGCCUGUCCACCAAGCCUGGCAGAAAGCUUGGCUUGCUCCCUCUCUACUCCAGCCCCUGAGAUGCCCUCCCCUCCCAAUGAUGGAGAGGAUCAAGGAGCGUCCCCCAUGAACGGGCCAUCUGUGGGCUCCUACCAGAGCAGCGGGAAGAGGAAGGUGCACACCAAAAAGAAAAAAGGCACCAUCACCGCCAAUGUCGCUGGCACCAAAUAUGAAAUUGUUCGUAUUGUCAUCAAUGAGAUGGACUUUAUCAAGGCCCGGGAUGACGACGAGACUGCCAACCUCAUCUGGAAUGACUCGGCUGUGCAGCAUGAAAAAAUCGCUGAGCUCAGGAACUAUCAGAGAAUUAACCAUUUCCCUGGCAUGGGCGAAAUCUGCCGGAAAGACUGCCUAGCAAGAAACAUGUCCAAAAUGAUCAAGUGCCAGCCUCAGGAGUACAGCUUCAUACCCAAAACCUGGAUCUUCCCCGCCGAGUACACUCAGUUCCAGAACUACGUUAAAGAGCUACGCAGGAAACGCAAGCAGAAGACCUUUAUUGUCAAACCUGCCAAUGGAGCCAUGGGUCACGGGAUCUCGCUUAUCCGUAACUGUGAGAAGUUGCCAGCCCAGGAGCACUUUAUCGUUCAGGAGUACCUGGACAAGCCCUUCCUGAUGGAGGGCUACAAGUUUGACCUGCGCAUCUACAUCCUUGUCACUUCCUGCGACCCACUUCGCAUUUUCCUCUACAACGACGGCCUGGUUCGCAUGGGCACAGAGAAGUACCAUGCACCCAGUGAGGCCAACCUGAGCCAGCUCUACAUGCAUCUGACCAACUACUCAGUGAACAAACACAAUGAGAACUUCGAGCGAGACGAGACAGUGGACAAAGGGAGCAAGAGGUCCAUCAGCUGGUUCACUGAGUUCCUCCGUACCAAUGAUUACGAUGUGGCCAAGUUCUGGGGAGACGUUUCGGAGCUGGUGGUAAAGACAUUAAUAGUGGCUGAGCCUCAUGUGCUGCACGCCUACCGCAUGUGUCGCCCCGGCCAGCCACCAGGGAGCGACAGUGUCUGUUUUGAGGUCCUGGGCUUUGACAUCAUCCUGGACCGCAAACUCAAACCCUGGCUACUGGAGAUCAAUCGAGCUCCGAGCUUUGGGACCGAUCAGAAGAUUGAUUACGACGUGAAGAAAGGGGUGCUGCUCAAUGCUCUCAAACUCCUCAACAUUAGGGCCAGUGAUAAGAAACGCAACCUGGCCCAGCAAAAGGCAGAGGCUCAGAGACGGCUCUAUGGACACGGCUCCAUGAAGAAACUCUCGGCUGCUUCCUCAGACUGGGAGAAACAACGUCACACACUGGAGAGAAGAAAAGAAGAGCUGAAAGAGCGACUGGCACAGGUCCGCAAGCAGAUCUCCAGGGAGGAGCAUGAAAAGCAGCAUCUGGGGAACUACAGACGUAUUUACCCCCCAGACGACAAGCUGCUGUUGGAGAAGUAUGAAAGUCUGCUCUCGGCUGCCUUUCAGACCUUUCUUGCUGGGCGAGCUGCCUCACUUCAAAAGGAAAUGAAUAAUCCUCUGAAACGAAUGAAGGAGGAGGACAUCUUGGAUCUGCUGGAACAAUGUGAACUGGACGACGAGAAACUGAUGGGCAAAUCCUCCAGGCAGCGAGGCCCUAAGCCCUUGACCGCCAUGCCAGAGUGCAGCCAGACACCAAGACGUCAACGACCAGACUACCUGGCUGACUUCACCAGUGGCAGCAGUGCUGAAAACUCCUGCUCCUCCUCAGACGAAGAGGAGGAGGAGAGGAGGAAAACAGGAGGAGGAAGAGGUGGAGAUAAGAGGGAGAAGAAAGUUUCUUACGACCUUGGGGAGAGCAAGGAGAAGAACUUGGCUGAGCGCUCAGGUCGUAUGCACUGGAAACCUCCAAUCAAGUCCCUCAAAACCAGCCCCGCCCCCUCCGCUUCACCAACACUUUCCGGUCCAAUCAGGCGCUCCAUCUCUUGUCCUCGCUCCAUUGCCUCCCUCUCAUCACCCAGUGAAGUGCGAGCGUUGCCCACCAGACCUUCCCCAACAGUUCCCAUGGCCACUCCCCUCGUCAGGCCGAGCUCCGCCACGCUGCGCUCUCACUCGCUGAGCCGCAGUGGCUCUGCCCACCGUGUGCCUCACAGCAACAGCCUGGGUACCAUCCACUCCAACAUAGGUGAUCCGCUGAUAAACCUGAGGAGUAAAGAGCAGGAGGCAGAGCUGGUGCGUCAGACACUGGCUGCGCUCACUGCCAUGAGGAUCAGGUUUCCUGGCAAAACCGAGGAAGAGGCCGAGGCUGUGCUGGAUGAGAUCCUCGACAACUGGAAAUACCAUAAACCAAAGGUGGCCUCCUAUUGGCUAGUGAAGCUGGACUCCACCAAGCAACGGAAGGUGCUGGACAUUGUUCGUACCAAUGUACGCUCGGCACUGCAGCGGAUCUGGAGGGAGCCAGACGUAGAGAGCCUCCACCUCUACCGGCUCUUCAACCGCGUCUUCAACCGGUUGCUCUGGAGUCAUGGCCAGGGCCUGUGGAACUGCUUCUCCAACACUGGUUCAUCGUGGGAGACCAUCUUCAGUAAGAGCAGCGAGGUGGUGUCACCCCAGGAGCUGCAGUGCUGCCGCCGGCUGGUCCAGCUGUGUCGAGACUGCCUUUUGGUCGUGUACAAGUUUGUCUCCGAGUCCCGCGGCUCUUUGACCGGACUCAGCCCCGAAUGGGAUGACACCAGGUAUCUGCUGCCAGUGACCUCCCAGUUUAUCAUGAAGUGGCCUUCGUCCAGCUUUGGCCGCAUCUCCUCGGCCAUGCCACGCUCCCGCAGCCUUUUCGCCGCCAGGAUGGGCCACUUCUGA